ACCCAAGCUCGAUAGUUGCAAUGGGGAAUGCAAUCCGAUCAUUCCCGAAGGCUAUUCACUUACUCGAUCGAGUAUAGUGGAUAUGUACUCCUUGAAGUGUAUACUAUGUGUACAUUCUACGGCGUAGUGUAUAGUCUACACUGUUGUGCUACUAGGACGCCACCUAUGCUUCACAGGCCUCAUUCACAAUUUCAGUUUUGAAUGGGUCAGUAGCCAUUGUGGGAAACAUUGCAUUCAAGUUGUCACGGAAUAUUUAUGUUUUCUUGAAAAAUUGAGUUGUGAAAGUGAAUUAUAAAAGUGAUAAUGAAAGAAAAAUAUUGUUUAGUUUAUUGGCCAAGCAGUAAAGAAGUAACUGUUUUAUUAACCAAGGAUAUUCCUCCCAAAAAACGUCAGGAAGAGGCAUCCGUUAAGUUAUUGUGGAGGGACGCACCAACAAAGAAACCAAAGUUGUGGGACGCAAAAAUUUUGCGAUUUAACGAUGACCCAACAGUUUUGAAUAAUCUGAUGGUCGAUAAAGAGAAUGGGAACGUGAUGGACCCUCAGCAAAAAGGUUUCACAGAGGACAUUCUGCAACGACGUAAACAAUUACAAGGAGCUGCAAGGGAACAGAAGAAGCGGCGAGCUAAUACCGAUUACAUGCAUCAACGUAAACUCAGUCAACGGGCAUCAAUUUUCGAUGUUUUACCAAUGAAUGCAGGAGGUUCUAGUCCUCGCACUUCUCAUGCAAUAGAUACUGACGAUGAGGAAUCUACCAUGUUAGAAAAGAAACGACGAGGAGGAAAAGAAUUUGAGGAAAUUCUGCCCACGUCGUCGACGAUGACACCAGUGAGAGCUCCAAUAAUUGAGAAUCGGAGAUAGAACCAUCAUGAAGAUUCAGAGUCCGAGGAUGACGAGGAUUCAGAUGAAGGACUUUCCGACGAUGAGGGGCAAUGUCGUAAGGGGUGUGACGUUCAUUGUCGGAACCCUUUUUUUGAAUCAUUCAAUUUAUCCAGGCGAGGUCCUCCUUCUCCGGAAAUCAUUUCCUAUUUCCGAGACUUUACCCAGACUUUGGAAAUUAUGGCAAACGAGGGACAUUAUAAAGCUUUUCAACGAAUAAAAAAGUUGUACGACGAAGCGCGCACGCCUUCUAUGAAUAAGAUGGAAAUCCAUCCUGGGACCGAAGUUUUCAUCCAUAGACGUGCAAUGACAGAAGCAAUGGAUGACUUUAAUGAUACUCACAAUUGGAAGCAACUGGCAACUAAUGUUUUUGUUGAAAUUUAUGGAGAUACGUUGAGGCUUAUGUCAGUGAAAGGAACGAAAGGCAAAAUCAAGAUGCAUACCAAAAUUUACAAGGCUGUCAAGGAAUUCGUCUAUGCGUAAGGAACCCCAGAUCAUCCAAUCAAGGUUACUGAUAAAGACUACAGUCAACACGUAAAUAAAAUUUGUACCAAUCGGAGAGACAGAAACAAGAGCCAACAGAGCAGGAGUAAAGAGAACAAGGGCAUAUUAAUAAGGAAGAGUCGAACCUCCAAUAAAAGAUCAGUACAGUUCCUGAAGACAACACAAACUCCCUCGAAUGCUGGAGGUGAAAAAGAAAAUCGAGGAGCCAGUGAACCUCUUCAAAACAGCCAGACAUCUGAGACGGUACCAUCUGAACCCCCUCCUUCAGUUUCUAACGAUUCUGGAUGCAGCAGCAGUAGCCCAUCGAAUGAUCAUUCUGUACCAUAUUCAUCAGAACAGAUUGACCGAAAUUCAAUGUCUCCAAUCCAUAAUUCAAUGCUUUCGACCGGAUUCAGAGGACAUGACAACAACAAUAAUCCCUACCAGCAGCAACGCACUCCACUAUUUACACCGCUACAUCAGAAUCAAUCAGUUGCUGAGAAUUUUCAACAACCUUGGCAUCAUCAUAAUAGAGGACAAUGGACUAAUAACAACAACUUUUAUCCAAUAACGCAUGAGGGAUAUGAAUCGGAAAUUCCUCCAUUCUUGUUGCCACUGUAGAAAAAACGAUAUUCUUCAGUCAGUCAUGAUUAAUUCUUGAUAGUUCUUAAUUCUUGAUAGUUCUCGUCAAUAACUUACGUGUUUUUACGUGUUUUUCAAGGUAUUAUUUUAUUUUUAUAUAGUUCACACAUAAUUCU